AAGAAAAAUAGUUUAUUUCAAUUAUAUUAUUUUUAAAUAUAUAUGCGUAUUAAUUUUUUUAUUUUAAAAAUAUAAUUUGUUACUAAUAGUAUUAUUGAAUUUUAUUGAUUAUAAAGAAAAUUUAAUAUAAAUUUGAUGAAAUAAAAAUAAUUGUUUAUUUCUGUAUUUGUUACUAAAAUUUUUUUCUCUUAUUUUAAUCGAUAUAAAAAAAUUAAUAAAGCAUAAUAAUUUUGCUAAAUAAAUUGAAGUCUUUUUUUAUUAAAAUAACAAAUAGUUUUGUAAUUGAUAUUUUUAAUAUAAUAUAUUUAUCAUAAUUAAAUAUGUGACUAAUUACUAAAUAAUUAUAUUUAAUCAUAAUGAUAUCAAAACUUCAUUUUUUUUUAAAUUUUAUAUGUUUUAUUAAAUAAUAAUAAUUAUUAAUAGAUAAUAAUUUUUAAAUUUAUUAUUAAUUAUUUAUGAAUAUGUUAAAUAUAUGAAACUAAAUUGAACUACGGAAUACAUACGGAACGACGGAACAAUGUACUAUGCAGUACCUAUGUUCUAACUGAAUUGAGUGCAUUCAUCGAAAACUCUGGAGUCUAAAUUUUUAGGUUGUUUUUCGAAGAAGUUUCAACGUUUCAUUCUUUUAUUAUUGUAGACAAAGUAAUAAAAAUUGCAGAAGAAGUUGAAUUCCACUAAUUCGGUGAAUUGUUCUUAUUCUAAGAGCAAAAAUGUCUCAUACAAUAUUGCUUGUUCAACCAGGUAAUAGACCUGAAACAAGAACAUAUUCAGAUUAUGAAAGUGUUAAUGAAUGUAUGGAAGGUGUAUGUAAGAUUUAUGAAGAACAUUUGAAGAGGCGAAAUCCAAACACACCAACUAUAACAUAUGAUAUCAGUCAGUUAUUUGAUUUUGUUGAUCAACUUACAGAUUUAUCAUGUCUUGUUUAUCAAAAAUCUACAAAUACAUAUGCCCCAUAUAACAAAGAUUGGAUUAAAGAAAAAAUAUAUGUUUUAUUACGUCGAGCUGCAGGACAUGGCAAAUAAUUAAUAAAUAAAAAUAGAUAUAUGCUUUAUAAAAUAAAUUAUCUUUAAGUAAAAAUAUAUUACUGUUUGUAAUAAUAAAUAUAUAAUAAAUAUAUAAAGAAACUGUA